GCGGGGCCGGGGCUGGGCCGCCGCCGGCAGGAUGGUGAAGGAGACGCAGUACUACGACAUCCUGGGCGUGAAGCCCAGCGCGCCGCCCGAGGAGAUCCGCAAGGCCUACCGCAAGCUGGCGCUGCGCUUCCACCCCGACAAGAACCCCGACGAGGGCGAGAAGUUUAAGCUCAUAUCCCAGGCAUAUGAAGUGCUUUCAGAUCCAAAGAAGAGGGAUAUUUAUGACCAGGGCGGCGAGCAGGCGAUCAAGGAGGGAGGCUUGGGCAGCCCCAGCUUCUCUUCCCCCAUGGACAUCUUCGACAUGUUCUUCGGCGGUGGAGGGCGGAUGGCUAGAGAGAGGAGAGGCAAGAAUGUUGUACAUCAGUUGUCUGUAACUCUUGAAGAUUUAUAUAAUGGAGUCACGAAGAAAUUGGCCCUCCAGAAAAAUGUAAUUUGUGAGAAAUGUGAAGGUGUCGGAGGGAAGAAGGGCUCCGUGGAGAAGUGCCCGAUAUGCAAGGGCCGCGGGAUGCAGGUCCACAUCCAGCAGAUUGGGCCGGGCAUGGUGCAGCAGAUCCAGACUGUGUGCGUCGAGUGCAAGGGCCAGGGCGAGCGCAUCAACCCCAAGGACCGCUGUGAAAGCUGCGGCGGAGCCAAGGUGGUCCAGGAGAAGAAGACGCUCGAGGUGCACGUCGAGAGAGGUAUGAAAGAUGGGCAAAAGAUACUGUUUCAUGGAGAAGGCGACCAGGAGCCUGAGCUGGAGCCUGGUGAUGUCAUCAUUGUGCUUGAUCAGAAGGAUCAUAGUGUCUUUCAGAGACGAGGCCAUGACUUGAUUAUGAAAAUGAAAAUUCAGCUUUCUGAAGCCCUCUGUGGCUUCAAGAAGACGAUAAACACCCUAGAUGACCGAGUCCUCGUUAUUACAUCCAAACCAGGUGAGGUGACGAAGCAUGGGGACCUGAAAUGUGUGCGUAACGAAGGGAUGCCCAUCUACAAAGCUCCCCUGGAGAAGGGCAGUCUGGUCAUUCAGUUCCUAGUCAUCUUUCCUGAAAAACAAUGGCUUCCUCUGGACAAGCUUCCUCAGCUGGAGGCUUUGCUCCCUCCUCGGCAGAAAGUGAGGGUCACAGACGACAUGGAUCAAGUGGAGCUGCAGGAGUUCGACCCCAGCGAUCAGAGCUGGCGCCAGCACAGGGAGGCCUACGAGGAGGACGAGGACGGGUCCCGGGCCGCGGUGCAGUGCCAGACGGCGUGACGUGGGCCCGGUGCACGAGCAUGUGGCGAAUGUCAAGUUGGCACACGGCCUCACUUCCAUAGCCUGUUUGGGGUGCCCUGCGUUUGUGUUCAGCAUUCUCAAUUGCUGAGUGUCUUUCUUGGGUUUUCUUUUGGUUGUGACCUAAGUUAUAGCUUAAUUUAUAUUUAAAUGUUUUAAGUGUAAACCACCUCUAGUCUGCA